AUGAGCAACGUUACUACGCCGUGGUGGAAACAAUGGGACCCUUCUGAAGUUACACUUGCCGAUAAAACCCCUGAUGAUGUGUGGAAGACCUGUGUUUUGCAAGGUGUUUACUUUGGUGGAAACGAGUACAAUGGUAACUUAGGUGCCAGAAUAUCUUCCGUCUUUGUUAUUCUUUUCGUGAGUACUUUUUUCACCAUGUUCCCAUUAAUCUCAACAAAAGUGAAAAGAUUGAGAAUUCCUCUAUAUGUUUACCUUUUCGCAAAGUAUUUUGGUUCCGGUGUUAUUGUUGCAACCGCAUUUAUCCACUUAAUGGACCCUGCUUAUGGUGCGAUUGGUGGUACCACUUGUGUAGGACAAACCGGUAACUGGGGUCUUUAUUCAUGGUGUCCUGCCAUUAUGCUAACGAGUUUGACCUUCACUUUCCUUACUGAUCUAUUCAGUAGCGUCUGGGUUGAAAGAAAGUAUGGUCUUUCCCAUGACCAUACCCACGAUGAAAUUAAAGACACUGUUGUGAGAAACACUGCAGCUGUUUCAAGUGAGAAUGACAAUGAGAAUGGUACUGCAAAUGGAUCUCAUGACACCAAGAACGGAGUAGAGUAUUAUGAAGAUUCAGACGCUACAUCCAUGGAUGUUGUUCAAUCAUUUCAAGCACAAUUUUAUGCCUUUUUAAUUUUAGAAUUCGGUGUGAUUUUCCACUCCGUUAUGAUCGGUCUAAACCUGGGAAGUGUUGGUGAUGAGUUCUCCUCCCUAUACCCUGUCUUAGUGUUCCAUCAAUCAUUUGAAGGUUUAGGUAUUGGUGCAAGAUUGUCAGCCAUUGAAUUCCCUAGAUCAAAGAGAUGGUGGCCAUGGGCCCUAUGUGUUGCGUAUGGGUUAACCACACCAAUCUGUGUGGCCAUCGGUUUGGGUGUUCGUACCAGAUACGUCAGCGGUUCUUACACUGCGCUUGUUAUCUCUGGUGUUUUGGAUGCCAUUUCUGCUGGUAUCUUAUUGUACACUGGUUUGGUUGAACUACUAGCAAGAGACUUUAUAUUCAAUCCUCAAAGAACAAAGGAUCUAAGAGAAUUGUCCUUCAACGUUAUAUGCACUCUUUUCGGUGCUGGUAUCAUGGCUUUGAUCGGUAAGUGGGCUUAA